CACUGAUUGGCGCGUUCAUGUCACAAUUCUUGUUUGAUAACACUGAGGAUCCACAACACUGGGACGAACGCGGACGCUUUCAUACAGACACAAGUGACUUCUCCCCAAGAAACCAGCCGAAGAUUAAAUUAUAUUCACAAAUUUAAGACAUCUAAGUGUUUGGACAACAAAUCCCUCAGCCUGUGCAUCCAGUGUUCCUCCAGUGUUUGCGCUGUCAGGGUGAUGUCAUCAGCCUGUCUCGUGCGCCUGGCAAGGUGCAGUGGUCCUCAUGUGGGUCGCAGUGGUCUUUUGCAGAAAGCCUUAGUCCCGUUCCCGUUCCAGCAGGACAGCCAUCUCCAGUUCACAGUCUUCCGGAGACAGCUUUACAGCCCUUCAGGAAAACGGCACAGCAACACACGGUUUGAUGCAGACAGCAGUGGCCGCCCAACUACCUGGGAUUCGUUCGGCAUCUGGGACAAUCGUAUCGAUGAGCCCAUUCUGCUGCCAUCCAGCAUUCGCUAUGGCAAGCCCAUUCCCAAAGUAAGCUUAUCAAAGGUAGGAUGUGCCUCGCUCAUUGGUCAACGCAAGGAGAAUGAAGACCGCUUCCAGGUCUCCCAGAUGACUGACAACAUCCUCUACUUUGCUGUGUUUGAUGGGCAUGGUGGCCCAGAAGCAGCCGACUUUUGUGAGAAAUACAUGGAGAAAUUCAUCAAGGACCUUGUGGCAGAGGAGUCCAAUCUGGAAUUAGUAUUAACGAAGGCCUUCCUUGAAGUAGACAAAGCUCUUGCAAAGCACUUGCACUUCUCUCCGAAUGUACCCGGGAUGAAUGCAGGAACUACCUCCACAGUGGCCCUGCUGAGGGACGGCAUUGAGCUGGUGGUGGGCAGUGUGGGCGAUAGCCGUGCCAUGCUGUGCCGCAAGGGCAAGGCCCUUAAACUCACUGUCGAUCACACCCCAGAGAGGAAGGAUGAGAAAGAAAGGAUAAAGAAAAGUGGAGGUUUUAUCACUUGGAAUAGUCUGGGACAGCCAAACGUCAACGGCAGACUGGCCAUGACACGCAGCAUUGGUGACUUUGACCUGAAGAACAUGGGGGUCAUUGCUGAGCCUGAGACCAAGACAACAUUGUUGCAUCAUGUCCAUGACUCAUUCCUGGCACUGACCACAGACGGCAUUAACUUCAUUAUGAAUAGCCAGGAAAUCUGCAAUGUGAUCAACCAGUGUAACGACCCCAAAGAGGCAGCUCAGAGAAUAUCUGACCAGGCUCUUCAGUAUGGCUCAGAGGACAACAGCACAAUAAUCGUGGUGCCUUUUGGCGCUUGGGGAAAGCACCAGAAUUCAGACCCAAGCUUCUCCUUCAGCAGAAGUUUUGUGUCCAGUGGUCGCUGGGCGUAGUCAGUAGGACGUUGGAUGAAAAGGCGUGGUCUCUGGACCGAAUUCAUGUGUGCAAUACAAUCGAACAAUGGUACCCUGAUGGAAACAAACAGUAAUACCCAACAGUUGCAACAUUUUAUUUAGAGAAGUACAAUAUGUAUUAGCCUCAAUGGAGUAAGAGGCAGUGAAUUCAUGACGCGCACUAAAAGCGAGAAAAAUCCUCUUUAUACAAGGUUUUGUCAACUAGCGAGCCAAUGAGCUUUUUGUUUUGCUUUCUUUCUUUUUAUUAGAGGUGCUAAAAGCUGAAAAGUGUUUGACUGGACAGACAGGAAUUCGCGAUGACAUGCUUGGAGUCACUCAGCAAAUAUGUAGCCUGCCCUACAUUAGCAAGACUGCCAUUCGAGUCAUUGUUUAAACCUUUUAGCUGUUCAUAAUGCCCAAUUUUGCACUUUUUUAUUGUCAUGGUUAAAAAAAAAAAUCACCUUUCUGGAUUUUUACCAGUUGUUAAAUUUCUCAGUGUUAGCAGUGGGACUACAUUCAUAGAAGAGAGUGGGAAAAUACACUGACUGAGCUGCAUUAGUUUGUCAUUUGUAUGAGAAUACAAAAUCUAAACGGUCAUCGAAAGCCACAACUUCUGAAGCAACUGGAAUACAUCAUCAUUCUAAAUUAGACCAAACAGAAAUAUUAACAUUUUGAGAGAAGAUGAACAAAACCCCAAAUGUUGUGUGAUCCAGUGAAAAUGGAGUUGCUUCAUGCUGCUCAUACAAAGAACAGCACUUCAGAGGGAUCGGGCGUAUCAAAGAUGAGACAUUCAUGUUUCUUGCCGUUUAAACAUUGCUCAUGCUUGUAUAAGUGUGUGAUUUGAGACGGAUCUUGUCCGGGCACUUUUUAGUGUUCAGGGUACAGAAAUGUAUAUUUAAUAUGUUUGUAAAUAAUUCUAUUUAUGUACAACUGGAAAACUGAUAGUUCUCUGUUGCAUUUACUCAACAACUCUGAAUUUCUCACACACACAGGAACUCGGCUUGGGUGCUUGUAACUGUGUAAAGCUACAGCAGUUUGAUCGUAACUCGGUUGCGACCAAUAAUUCCUCAUUCCACUUACGUGUCACUUAGAAGGAGCGAAGCACACUUAAUGCAACACUAAAGAACUGUUCAGCUAAGAGCCAUGUAUGACAAUGUGAAUGUUUGCCUCCACGCCCUCCAUGACUAAAGAAUACAAUCAAACCCAGUAGGGUAUAGGCGUAAUUAAGCUGUGUAAUUAAGUUGUCUUGGCUGACCUAAUGUGGGCAGACACAUUUUGUAGUGUAAGGCAGACAUAAACCAUUAGAUAAGACAGUUUAUGGUCAGUGUUGAUCUUUUGUUUUGUGGUUGUUAAAGCUAGACGAAUGCAACACUUCAUAUUUAUCAGCUUCGUUCUGUUUGUGAAACAUGUGCAGCCGCCAGUCUUUCCGUUUUAUCGUUUCUAUAUGUUAUGUAAAUACUGUUUGUUUUCCUCCUUGUGCUCAUUUUGAAUGGCACUUUGAUUUAUUCUCUGGACUUUGCUCUUCACAAUUAACACGUCCUCAUUACAAAGUUCUCCGUCUGUUAAAUCUGUCGUGCCGUGUUCAGGUUUUAUUUGCUGUUUUCUGUUUCGCUGCUGUUCAGAUAUAAUCACGGCUGCUGUGGAUGUGUAUCUGGGACCUAACUGUGACUGUUUCAGCAUCGCUCUCUUACUAGCUUGUUGUAUGUUUGGUCUGAAUGGCUUGUGAGAAACUUUAAUUAAAAACUACACCAAAAA